GGGCCCUGCCACGUGACCUGGAUGCCCGGUGUCGGCGCAGACGCGGCGGCCGCGUCGUCCGCUCCGCGUCCCUUUCCGUGCACCUGAGCUGCCGCCCCGCGGUCCUGCGGCUGUUCCUCCCGCCGCUGCGGGCCGCGGGGCCGAGGCCAUGUCCCGAAAGCAGGCGGCCAAGAGCCGGCCGGGCAGCGGCAGCCGGAAAGCCGAGGCCGAGCGCAAGCGGGACGAGCGGGCAGCGCGCCGGGCCCUGGCCAAGGAGCGGCGGAACCGGCCGGAGUCCGGCGGCGGCGAGGAGGAGUUCGUGAGCUUCGCCAACCAGCUGCAGGCCCUGGGGCUGAAGCUGCGGGAGGUGCCGGGGGACGGUAAUUGCCUGUUCAGAGCUCUUGGUGAUCAGUUGGAGGGACACUCACGAAAUCAUCUCCAGCACCGACAAGAGACCGUAGACUACAUGAUCAAGCAGCGGGAAGAUUUUGAACCCUUUGUAGAAGAUGACAUUCCCUUUGAGAAGCAUGUGGCCAGUUUGGCAAAGCCUGGUACAUUUGCUGGCAAUGAUGCAAUUGUAGCCUUUGCAAGAAAUCAUCAAUUGAAUGUGGUGAUUCAUCAACUUAAUGCCCCUUUGUGGCAGAUUCGCGGUACAGAUAAAAGCAGCGUGCGGGAGUUACACAUCGCAUAUCGAUACGGCGAACACUAUGACAGCGUUCGGAGGAUCAAUGACAACUCGGAAGCUCCUGCUCAUCUCCAGACUGAUUUUCAGAUGCUUCAUCAAGAUGAAUCAAAUAAAAGAGAAAAGGUCAAGACAAAGGGAGUCGACUUUGAAGAUGACCUGCGAGAUGAGGUGGAAGAUGCAGUUCAGAAAGUUUGCAAUGCGACUGGCUGUUCAGAUUUUAAUUUGAUAGUCCAGAACCUGGAAGCUGAAAAUUAUAAUAUUGAAUCUGCAAUAAUUGCCAUGCUUCAGAUGAACCAGGGGAAAAGAAAUAGUCACAAACAAGCAGCGCCGAGAGCAGCAGCGCCUAGAGAAGAAGAAGCGGCAGGAGGAGCGGCACCGGCUGAAAGCCCUGGAGAGCAGGAGCAGCCACAGGGACAAGAGCGAAGCCGAGGCCAGCGAGCAGGUCACCUUGGUGAAGACCUUCGCUGCUCUCAACAUCUGACGCCCCUGCCUGCGGGAGUCGUAAGAAGCGAGUGGAAGUGGCGUGCUGCGCCCUGGCUUCCCAGGAGGCGGGCCUUAGGAUCACGCACAGAACCCACCCAGGAGCGCACCCUCGGAGUUAGUGUCCUCAGGCCGCCUCUUUUUCUGUCAGCAUUUUGUUAGUGAUGUGUUUUAUUUUAUGAAAGUUCAGUGAAGCCACUCAUGUUCUGUGAUUAAAAGGUUGAGUUUUAGGGUGGAGAGUAGAUCAGGGAAAACCUUUUAGGUAUGGUUUGAUUUGUUCUGAAAACAAAAGAGUUCUGUGACCCUGGGAUCUUCCCUUAACCUUUGGGGUGAGUUUUACUGAAAUUGUUCAUGAAGUGGUUUAGAUUAAUUGUUAGAAAUGCAGAAUGACAAGUUUCCUUUGAUUCUCUUUCAUUUUCAAACAGAUAUGUUAAUAUACAGGAUAGUUUGUAAAUGAUCUGCAACUCAGGAACGUGUUUAGGUUUAUUUUUCUUUUAAUCCAAGUUAAUCAGAAAAUA